CUAUCUUGCUCAAGUUUGAAAAUAAAUAAUGGCAGCUAGCUCAGCUUCCAAAUGGUGGUUAACUCUACUAUGCACUUCAUUGAUGUUAUGCAUAGAGCUAACAAAAUGCAGUGUGACAUAUGACAAGAAAUCUUUAAUUAUUAAUGGCCAUAGAAGAAUACUUUUUUCUGGUUCUAUACAUUAUCCAAGAAGUACCCCUGAAAUGUGGGAAGAUCUUAUUCAAAAAGCUAAAGAUGGAGGCUUGGAUGUUAUUGACACUUAUGUUUUUUGGAAUGGCCAUGAACCUUCACCUGGCAAUUAUAAUUUUGAAGGAAGAUACGAUUUAGUAAGAUUUGUAAAGUUGGUUCAGAAAGCUGGAUUGUAUAUGCAUCUUAGAAUUGGACCAUUUGUUUGUGCAGAGUGGAACUUUGGGGGUUUGCCUGUUUGGUUGAAGUAUGUUCCUGGAAUCAGCUUUAGAACUGAUAAUGAACCUUUCAAGAAUGCAAUGCAAAAGUUCACUACAAAAAUAGUUCAAAUGAUGAAAUAUGAAAGGUUGUUCGAGACUCAAGGUGGCCCGAUCAUACUCUCUCAGAUAGAAAACGAAUAUGGCGCAGAAAGCCAAGCGUUUGGUGCAGCUGGUCAUGCUUACUUGAGUUGGGCGGCUAAAAUGGCAGUGGGCUUGAACACAGGUGUCCCUUGGGUUAUGUGCAAGCAAGAUGAUGCUCCUGAUCCCAUUAUCAAUACUUGCAAUGGGUUUUAUUGUGAUUAUUUUUCACCAAAUAACAAAGAGACCAAACCUACAAUGUGGACCGAGGCUUGGAGUGGCUGGUUCUCGGAUUUUGGUGGACCUGUACCUCAUCGACCCGUUCAAGAUUUAGCCUUUGGAGUUGCCCGGUUCAUUCAAAAGGGGGGCUCGUUCACAAACUAUUACAUGUACCAUGGAGGAACAAACUUUGGAAGAACAGCCGGAGGCCCGUUCAUCACUACCAGCUAUGACUAUGACGCUCCUAUAGAUGAAUAUGGCUUGCCCAGGCAACCAAAAUAUGAUCACCUAAAGGAGCUCCAUAGAGCUAUCAAAUUAAGUGAGCGAGCUAUUGUUUCAGCUGAUCCUCAGUUCAUUUCCUUAGGCACCUAUGAACAGGCACAUGUGUUUUCUUCAAGAACCGGAGGUUGUGCUGCUUUUCUAGCCAAUUACCAUAUCAAUGGUUCUGCAACAGUCAGAUUUAGAAACAAGCGCUAUGAUCUGCCACCAUGGUCCAUAAGCAUUCUUCCUGAUUGCAAAAAUGUUGUCUUCAACACUGCGAUGGUUGGAUCCAAGACAUCUUUAAUUAAUAUGUUGCCAACAAAUGUGAAUAGACUUCCAUGGCAAAUAUUCACGGAAGAUGUUUCAUCGGUUGAUUCUGGCGCAAAGAUUACUCAAUCGGGACUCUUGGAGCAAGUGAGUGUAACUAGAGAUGCAAGUGACUACCUUUGGUAUUCUACCAGUGUUUCAAUAAACCCAUCAGAAUUACACGGGAAUCCUACUAUAACAGUUCAAUCCGAAGGCCACGCUUUACAUGUUUUUAUCAAUAGCCAGCUUGCAGGUUCGGCAUAUGGAAAUCAAGACUCUAGGAAAGUUACAUUCACAGGAAACGCCAAUCUACGAGCUGGAAUCAACAAGAUUCAGCUGCUUAGUGUUGCUGUUGGAUUACAAAACAAUGGGCCACAUUUUGAGCUAUGGAAGACCGGAAUUUUAGGUCCUGUUUCGUUGCAUGGGGUUGGCCAUGUCUCAAGAGACAUAUCUCAUCAGAAAUGGUCAUACCAGGUUGGCCUGAAAGGUGAAUCCAAGAACCUAGCGUCACCUAUGGGAAUUUCAUCGGUGGAUUGGACAGAAGCGUCCUUGAUUGGACAAAUACAUAGGCCACUUACAUGGUAUAAGGCUUAUUUCAAUGCACCAUCAGGGUCUGAGCCUUUGGCUAUUGACAUGAAGAGCAUGGGAAAAGGUCAAGUAUGGAUCAAUGGUCAAAGCAUAGGAAGAUAUUGGACAGCUCAUGCAAGAGGUAAAUGUACCCCCUGCAACUAUGCGGGUACUUUUCGUCCAACCAAGUGUCAAACUCGUUGUGGAGAACCAACUCAACGAUGGUACCAUGUUCCUAGAUCUUGGUUAAAACCGACUCAAAACUUGAUAGUCGUGUUUGAGGAGAUAGGUGGUGAUGCAUCGGCCAUUUCUAUUAUGAAAAGAACCAUAAGAUAGAAGUGUAUAUACGAGGAAAAUAGAGUGUCGUGAAGCUGAUUAUGGCUUCCACAUUGAAGAGGAAGUCGAAAGAUAUAUAAUUUUUUAUCUAGAAAAAUCGACCUGGUGUACUAUUUGUGUCAUUAUUUAAAAUCGUUGUCCUAAAAUUUGUUGUACCAUUUAUAAGACAGAAUAUGUUGACAGACGAAAGAUACCACACAAAAGGUUAUGUGCACUUAACAUACUUCCAUAGUUCCAUGUCUUUGGUUCAACCUGCUAAUGCGAAUUGUGCUAUAUGUACAUUUACAGA